UUUCUUGAAAAUUUAACUAAAUUUUUUAUUUAUUGUUAAAGAAAAUAAAUCAAAGAAAGGAAUCUAUUUAUUUAUUUAUCUAUCGUUUUUUAUCACUAAUAAAUGAGUGAUUAUUAAAGCUAUUAAACAGGAAAUUUUAAUUAAUAAAAGUAUGAAGGCUAAUAGAUGACAUUUGAGGGUUAUAAAAAUAUAUAAUUAGCAGCUGAUAGUAAAAUACCAUAGUUUGGUAGAUAAAGUGGUGAUUAUUCUAAUGCAGCAGGAUAAACUUAAUAUGAUUCUUUAAAAAGAGAUCAAAUUCAUACUAAUUAGGAUUUUAACUAGUUAUUGUAAAAGAGAGAAUUAAGACAAGAGUCAACUGUUGAAGUGCUUAAAAAAGUAGAUGAUAUUCUUAGAAAUAGCCAAAUUAUGACUGGAAGCUCUAAUUUAAAUCAGCUCAAAACAGUUGAACCGUUCCAAACUGGCAUCAAUUCAAAUUAUUUAAAUAAUAACAAUACCAGUUCAGGUGGUAUUGGAAGUUCUGAAUUGUAAAAGAGAGUAGAUGAUAUCCUAAGAAAUUCAUAGCUAAGCCAAAUUGAUAAACUAAAAAACACAGCCUUUUCACCUUCACCAAGUGCAGGCGCUUUAUCACAUAAUACUUUAAAGUAAUAGAAAAGUGUGGAUGAAAUUAUUGCAGAAAUAAAAACUAGGAAUUCAUAAGUAGGGGGAUCUAAUUUUAUACAAAAGAAUGCAAAUUCAAAUAUUUCUAUUCCAAUAGGUUCUAAUUAAUAUAUUAGCACCUCAAGGGAUGUCUCUCCUAUAGUAAAUACAGGAGGAGGAGCAAGAACUGGAAUCGCUAGUAAUUCAAUAGUAGGAUAAUUUAAUAGUUAUGUGCCCUCUGGUAACACUCCAAUAGGUGCAGCUCCACUCUCAGGAAAUAUAUCCCCUAAUAACAAUGUUUAAGAUAUUUUACAGAGAUAUAAAAAGACACAAACUUUUACUUCUCAAUUUUCAGAAAACUUUAGUAUGGCUUAAGAAAUACCAUAAUAAGGAAUAAAUCAAUCUUAACACAAGACAUUUGCAGAAGAUGAUACGAUGAAGAAUAACUUUAAUGAGAAUAGUGUUUUUGACAUUAAACAAUACAAUUUAAGUAAUAAAAACUUACUGAAUAAUGUCGAGUAAAAUGCAAAUCUUUAAAAAGUUUUACCUUAAGGUUUUACCCCUAGACAAUAAUCACCUUUAGUUAACAACGCUGCUCCUAUAAUAUCAGGCGUAAAUUAACUUUAGUUAAAUCAUAAUAAUAUAUAAGAUCAAAACAGAGAUUUCUCUCCAAAAACUAAUGGCAUGAAUUAAUAAUCUUCCACAAGUAUACAUUCAUAAAAUCCAGUCAUUGAAGAACUUGUUAGAAAAUACAGCUAAAAGUCUCUUUCAUCAUCAUUUGUUUAGACUAACAACCCUUCUUCAUUUUAUAGAUAGGCAAGUUAAGAAAGAGAAGCAUCAAAUAAUCAGCAAAAUAAUAAUCAAUAAUAUAGUAUGAAGUAGGAUUUGUUUAUAUAGGGUAAUUAAGAAUACCAAGGUGAAUAAUCCUCAUCUCCCAUACAAUAGAGAUCUGAUAAUGUCUCUGAUUAGAAAAAAUAAUAUAAGCAGCAAUAAUAGCAAGAAGAAAAUGAAAGAAGAGUGCGUAGUAGUAAUAAGAAAAAAAAUCAAGAAGACUAAAAUGAACAUUCUUAAAAGGAUACUCAUAAAAAAGUCACAGUUUCAAAAGGUUAAAAUAAAGAAUCAAUAUAUGUUGAAAAUCAAUAAGAUGAUCCUAUCUAAGAACAUGACAAAAUAAAGAUUCUCACUUCUUUUGUUCAUCAUUGCGCUUGGCUUCUUUAAAAGAAUUACAGAAGAUAUAUAGACAAGAAAUUGUUAAGUUAUCCUCAUAUUAAAAAAAUUGUUGAUGAAAUAAAAUUUUUGGAAGAAGAAAAAUUACAAUUCCCAGAUGACAUAGAACACGUUUAAAGAUUAGAAGAAGAAAUUUAUGAAUAACAGUAUCAAUAUGAAAAUGCUGUUAAGUCGAUAAAAAGAGUAUGGGCUAAGCAAUACUAGGAUAGAGUUAAAAAGCUCAAAGAUCCUAAAAAGUAACAGUAACCUUAGUAAUCAAAUAGAGAGAGCAGAAAGCAAGUUCAUAUAAAUGAGGAAAAAGAAUAGGAAAGAAGAAUAUCUACAUAAAGAAGUAAUUAGAGAAUUAAUACUGAUGAAUCAUCAAAAGAAAGAAAGGAAAUAUAAACGGAAGCUUAUUCUGAAAGAAAACAUCUUUGGGAAGAUAAACCUAUAACUGCUAAAUCUCAAAAGAAAAAUGAAGGAUAAAUUUCUUGGGAUAAUGCUUAUCCUUAAGGUCAUAAGUUAGAUAAUAGUCAGUUAGAAUUUAUAGAAUCUUAAAAGAAAAAGAAUCAUUAAUCUAAAUCAAAUAAUGUAAAUGAUAACCAAUAUGAAUCUGAAAAAGAACGUAAAGAUGCUUGGGAUGAUAUACCAAUAGGAACUCAUAAGAAAAAAGGGGAAUAAAAUUGGGAGGAAUAUCCUUCAAAUAAUUAAAAUCCUAUCAAAUAAAAAGUUAAAAAAGAAGUUAAAAAGUAGGAAGUGGCAGUAGAAGAGAAAAAUGAUUAGUAAAAACCAAAGCAAGAGUCAAAAAAAACUAAAGAGUAAAUUGAAAACCUCAAAAAAAGAACAAAAUAUGAUCCUAGAAAAGCAAUUUAAGAGGCUAAACAAAAGAAUUAGGCAGAUAACUAAAACUCACCAUAAAAAAAUGACGCUGAGGAGUUUAAGGUAACAGAUGUUUAAGAAAAUAAUAAUGAAAAUAUUGAGUAAAAGAGUCCUCCUCAAAAGAAAAAGCCAUUUUUGAAAAGAAAGUAAGCAACUAAAAAAACAUAACAAAUAUAGAACCAUGAAGAAGAUGAAGACAUUUAAGUUCCUAACGAAGAUGAGUCAUAAGGUAAACAAAUUGAAAGGGAACCUGUAAAGAGAUCUCCAAAGCCAACUAAAUAAGAAAAUAAUAAAAAGUAAAAAGAAGCAAAUGAAAUUGAAGAAGAUCCAAAUGCAGAAUAAUUUAGAGAUGACUUAAAUGAUUUGGAUAGACAGAAAAAAGAUUUUUUGAAGAAAAAACCCAAAGAAAUUAAAUUUUAGAAGCUAAAUUGGAAGAAUGUAAAAAGUAGAACAGACACUGGUAGAUAAGAACUAGAAUAAAGACAAUAAUAUAUGAAGUAAUAGAAGAUAACCUAGUAGGAAAUAAAGGAAAAGUAAAAUUAAAUGAAGAAGAAUUUAAAAAAAUAAGUUUAACCAUAUGACCAUUAUUAUCCUGAGCUGAAUUACAUAGACGAAGAUGAAGCAUUUAAUGAUCCAAAAUUUAGAGGAAAUUAACUCAACAUUUCUAAUUCAAAGAAUCCAAAUACAUACUAUGAUCAUAACAAUUAAAAAUAAGUGACCUAGUAAUAGUAUCCAAUAGCUCCAAAAGUAUUUACUGAAUAUUUGCCCAAUAAAGUUUAGCAGAAGGCCAUUCACCAAGCUUCUCCACUUUAACCAACAUAAGAGAUAGUUAUUAGGCCUUAAAUGUUCUAAAAUAAAUAAAAUGUAAAUAACUAAUAAGAAAUAGAUAUGAAUUUCAUUGACUCUAACCAAGAAUAAGAACUUCAAGAGAGAGAUCUUUAACUUCUUGAAUUUUAGAAAAGACUUUAGAAUUAAUAAAAUAAUGGAAAAUACAAAAAUAUGGGACAUGAUUUAGAAAAAAUGAGAUAAAAUAAAAGAGAAAGUAUUUUGAACUAAUAAUAGUUGCCUUAGCAGCAACAACCUACAUCUUAAUAAUUCAUGCAGGAUUAUUAAAGGAUGUCUAAUCAAUUCACUGAUGAUCAAAUAAGAGAAAUGCAGCAGUCACAGUUCUAGUCAUCAUAAAAUUAGCAUAAACAAAUUUUCUAAUUUCCACAAAAUUUCUUCAAAGGAGAAAACAAACAAGGUCAGUAAAAUCGCUAGCCUAUUAAAUAUGAGGAUUAUAUUUUAAGCUAAUAGAAUCAAAUGAACUCCAAGUCCUUAUAAGAAAUUAUGCUUAAAAAGUAGCAAUAAUUUAUGAAACUUGAUGAGUUUUCUUGA